AUGCACAUCCUCGAUGCCAGCUUCAAACCAUCGAGUGUCGUGAGGAGUGCCCGACCGACUUUGAUUCUUACUCUCAGAAAAAACUAUGUUGGGUUGACUACUUUAAUUCUCUUUGCAUGGCCGUGUAUCGCGGGAUUAAGCCGAACUGCAAAUCCUAUGGAGCGGUACCCGAGGUUUUUUGGUGGUGGUGGUAUUGUGUUCAACUUCCAUGGAAAGAGCAAUGAACACUUUAGCCUCGUAUCGGAUCCUGAUGUUCAGAUCAAUGCUAGGUUCACCGGACAUAGACCCAUUGGUCGCACCAGAGAUUUCACAUGGAUCCAAGCUCUCGGGAUCCUCUUCAACACCCACAAGUUCGCACUUGAGACCACCAAAGUCGCCACUUGGGACAGUGAAGUCGACCAUCUCAAGUUCACUAUUGAUGGACAAGAUUUGGUUAUCCCUGGAAAAAAUUUAUUCAGCUGGUACUCAUCGGACAAAGAGAUCAAGAUUGAGAGACUUACAGAAAAGAACAGUGUGGUGGUGACGAUCAAAGACAAAGCUGAGAUCAUGGUCAACGUGGUUCCAUUCAAGUUCAUAAACCUGUCCCCGAAAGUUGAUGGAAUCUUGGGACGCACAUACAGACCCGAUUUCAAGAAUCCGGCUAAGCCAGGAGUCGCAAUGCCAGUGGUGGGAGGUGAGGAUAGCUUCAGGACAUCUUCUCUGCUCUCUCAUGAUUGCAAGACUUGUUUAUUUUCUGAAGAAGUGGGCGUUGAUAGUGGCUCUGUCAAGGUGAAAACUGAAAAGCAAAUACGCAUUGGUAAAUUGCAGCCACGGGGCGUCUUCGGGUUAUGGAAGCGUCUGCCGCAAGUAGUUACCAUCCAAACUUAAUUCGCAAAGACAAUGAAGAAAAUAAUAGUAAAAAAUAAGUACUAUAUAUGUUGUUUUAUUUUGUGUGAUAUAUAAUACUUUAUGAUGUGGUUAUUUUGUUCCUUUGUGUAAUAAGCUA